AUGGAUGUGCAACUAUACGUGUACGACCUCUCCCGAGGUCUUGCACGUCAAAUGUCACAGCAAUUCUUAGGAACACACAUAGAUGCCGUAUACCACACUUCGAUCGUCCUUGACGGUAUAGAAUACUAUUAUGCGUCGGGUAUACAGACAUGUCGAGCAGGCACUACCCACCAUGGAAAACCAAUGGAGGUUGUCAAGCUUGGACGGACGGAUCUUCCACUAGAUGUGAUCUUGGAAUAUUUAGAGUCUCUCAAGGAAAUAUACACACCCGAGUCGUACGAUCUCUUUGCGCACAACUGUAACAACUUCUCCAACGACUUCUCCAUGUUUCUUGUUGGAAAGGGUAUACCCGACCACAUCACUUCGCUGCCCCAAACUGUCCUCAACACACCCUUUGGGCAGAUGCUCAAGCCCCAGAUUGAAGCUGCCAUGCGGCCUAUUACCCAAGCGCCUGCACCUCAUCCAGUCGAUCCGCGUCCAGCAGCUGCGAGCUCGGGUACACAGAAUCGACCUGCGACCACCAAUGGACAUGCAAGCGCUCUGGAAAUGAACACAGGCAGGGUCAACAACGUCGUAUCUAUACAGGAAGUAGACCGGCUUCUGGAUCUGGCAAAAGAUCGAUGCGCCAUCAUAUUUUUUACGAGCGCAAACUGUGCGCCCUGCAAAAUCGUGUACCAACCGUAUGAUGAUCUCGCAGCUGAGGCAGGCAGCAAGUGCGUCUUCAUCAAGAUUGAUUUCACCCAAGCUGAUCGCUCCAUUAACGCCCGUUACCCGGAUGUGCGGGCCACCCCAACUUUCAUCACAUAUGUAAAGGGCAAGAAGUAUGAUGAAUGGAGCGGAGCCAACCCUUCUUCGUUGCGAAGUAACGUCGAGAUGCUGCUGAAUACUUGUUUCCCACCGCAUCCCCAUCUCAUAAGGAGCACGCCGAUGCUGCUAGGACAAAACCAGCGAUCCAUUACCUUUACCAAAGUGCCACCGCUCUCCAAAGUCGUUGCCAAGAUGGGCGAGGUAGGCAAAGACCCGGCCGUCUCCUCCAUCGUAUCCUUUAUCGAAGCUCGCGAAAAAUCUGGGGCUAUCGAAGCUCCCCUUGGUAAGCUCCCCCAGUUCGCCGAGUUCCUCAGGAAAAGCACGUCUCUACUAUCCCCCGAGCUGCUCUUCACAGCCUAUGACCUCUUCCGAGUUGCCCUUACAGACAUUCGAGUGGCCGGCUUCUUCGCAGAAGAGCACAAAGGCGCGACAGGGACCCCAGCAACAGUCCAUCACCUACUGCAGCAUGUCAAUGCGCUUGGAGAAACUGCGCCCUACUAUCUUCGCCUCACAAACUUGCACCUAUCAUGCAACCUCUUCACCUCGCCCCUCUUCAUCCCACAUAUACUCUCGCACCCCCUCUCAGAAACACUCAUCUCCAUCCUCACCACCGCCCUUCUCGACGACAAACACCCCGCGCUCAAGACUUCCGCCCUCAGUCUAGCCAUGAACAUCGCCUCAGCCAACCACCGCAUCCGCAUGCGAAAGCACGGCGCCAAUACUGAUCCCGCUACACCCGAGGCCGCAGAGCUCCCCGUUCCAGAGCAAGUCGAACUGCUCGCCUCGCUGCUGGAGAAUCUCAGUGCAGACGGACAGUGGAGCGAUGACAAGAAGAUGGGCCUGAUUGCUACCGGCUGGCUGGUCUAUGGAGCCGAUGUCGAGGGCGAGCUGAGGGAUACGUGGAAGGUUAUGGAUGCAGCGGGUACGGUGGAUAAGCUACAGCCUCGUUCUGGGGAGGAUAGGCUGUUGAUUAAGGAGGUUAAGGGGUUGCUUGAGUGCUAA